AUGAUGAUUGAUGAAGCACACGAGAGAACCCUACAUACAGAUAUUCUCUUCGGUCUUGUCAAGGAUAUUGCUAGAUUCAGAAAGGAUUUGAAACUUCUCAUCUCUUCCGCCACUCUUGAUGCCGAAAAAUUCUCUACCUUCUUUGAUGAUGCACCAAUCUUCAGGAUACCUGGAAGGAGGUUUCCUGUGGAUAUCUAUUAUACACAAGCACCGGAAGCGGAUUAUCUAGAUGCAGUUUUGGUUACUGUGAUGCAAAUUCAUCUCACUCAGCCUCUUCCUGGCGAUAUUCUAGUAUUCCUUACAGGACAAGAAGAGAUCGAAUCUGUCCAGGAAGCCCUUAUGGAGAAGACGAAAGCACUAGGAAGUAAGAUCAAGGAAUUGAUACCUCUGCCGAUAUAUGCCAAUCUGCCAUCCGAUCUUCAGGCUAAAAUUUUUGAGCCAACACCGCCGAAUGCCCGAAAAGUCAUCCUUGCCACAAAUAUUGCGGAAACUUCAGUUACCAUUGAUGGAAUCUGUUAUGUCAUAGAUCCCGGGUUUUCAAAACAAAAUUCUUUUGACGCAAGGAGUGGAGUUGAGCAUUUGCAUGUAGUUACAAUUUCGAAGGCAGCAGCGAAUCAGCGGGCUGGGAGAGCAGGAAGAACGGGGCCAGGAAAGUGCUUCCGUUUAUACACAGCUUGGGCGUACAAGCACGAACUUGAGGACCAACCCAUUCCUGAGGUAGUCUCUGAUAACAUAUUCAUUCAAAGAACAAAUUUGGGAAAUGUCGUCCUAAUGUUAAAAUCACUCGGAAUUCAUGAUCUUGUUCAUUUCGACUUCUUGGAUCCACCUCCUCAAGUGCGUUAA